AUGCAUUUAGAAACACUCCGGAGUUCGCCGCGAAUCCAUCCCUCGGUUGAGGGUUAUCUUUGGAGUUUGAUUAUUGCCUUCAUCAACUUCCCUCAUCAUUAUCAACACAAAUCUCUCAUUCGAUUUUUUGAAGCAACCAUUUUCCCCAACAUCUACGUUCACUCAGUGCACACGAUGAGACCUCCCGAGGACAUCGUGCGGUUUUCUUCGGAAGCAUCCCAUACCGCCGGCCAUACCAAAAAAGCGGUAUCAAAGGUCGAAGUAUCCUUCGAAGGUAUACGAGGAGUUUCGACGCUAUCGGUUUCCUCUGAAGGAUACUGCAUCCUGCCUUCAACUUUGGAAGGAUCCCGAAAUGUUGCUGGAAACGUACGACGCAAUAAUACUGGCUCAGCAAGAGCACUACCACCACCCACCGUGCAACCAACCACGGCAGCGUCUUUGCAACUCCGCCCAGUCAGUGAAAGGGCCUCGGACUCUAGAAAGAUUGGCGGUGAUGGUGACAGCGACUCGAACUCUGACUACGACUCAGACUCGGACUCAGGCCCGACAGCCGGCCAUGGCCGCGGCCGUUCAACGAAGCGUAUACGACGCGAAAGACUAACUCCAAGCAGGUACAAGGCGUUUACAAAUGAGAUUACAAAAGCUUUUGCUGCUCGGGCAUUCUUCGCAAGGAGAAUCGAGAUAAUUCUCCUCUCCAUGAACAUAAGCAGCGGACAACAUGGCGCAAGCAGUGAAGUUUUACGGAGAUUUCCUGAUCACUAUGACAAGAUGACGCGGAAGUUCCGAAAGGAAAAUCGUAUCCGGGAAUGGGACACUGAAUUGCGAGAUCGCUUUUUUCCCGACGCGUCUUCACACCACCAAACCCAUCGUUCAUCAUUCGCAAUUCUGGAAGAUAUCAUUCCACUUGUCGAAGAAAACGUCUUGAGAAGGCUCUCACAGGCUGAGGGUCUCCUUCCCGGCCUCGCUACAACUGGCGAGAAGUACGAAAACAUCGCAGACAUCAUCGAGUCUCUCAUGGACACUGGCCGUCUGGAUGCAAGUAUCCAAGAGAAUCAUGAGGUUUCUUUUGCGAUCUUAUAUCAAGCGGCGUCCACUCUCCUCAAGUAUCCAUCGAACGCCAUCGCCCAUUUGGAUGGGGUUCCUUCCCUGAUCAGUUCAUUGAUUGAUAGCUACAUGGCCAGGAUGAACGAUCAACUGGCCGUCGAUCUUGGUAGGAAACACGGAGUUGUCUUUCAGCACAUACCGGAACUAGAAACAAGUGAAGGGCACGAAUCAUUUCCCAAUUGGCUAAGAAGAUCCCGCGAUGACAGUCCUCUUUCAUCAGAGUACGUUGACUGGGUUCUUUCCGGAUGUAAGCCGGAGGAGACCUAUCAGUGCUGCAGGCGUUGGGAAGAAAGCCGACAGGAUCGACGCGGGUUCAGGAAGGAAUUCAUCUUCAGGCUGACCGAUGUUCCUCAUAUGGAAGUUAUUUCUGCGGUUCUCUUCAAGGAAAGUCAUCCAAUCAAAAUCGAAGACAUGUCGGAAUCCGAUGUCGAGAACAUGGGAUGGUUCCCAUCAUCACCCGGGAAAAAGCACAGCCCCAGUCGAAGUCAUGGAAAUAAGCCUGAGAAUUACUACUGGCGCUACGAGAUGUCGAAGAUGUACCCGGUGGGUACCAGAAUAGGGGAGAAUGUGACUUUCCGUGUGUCUAUGGAUGACGAGGUUUUGGGAAUUUUCUUGCCGAAGGGGGGGUGGCUUGGCUGGGAAGAUAUUUCCGAGAAUUCUUCGAGCAUUGAGGCUCUUGAAGCUCAACUAGCUACUUUCCACUCCCGAGGAUGCAUCCUGUGGUUAUAUGCGCGAGAAAUGAGUUCCAUCAGCUGUCAACCCAUCCGAACGAAGCCCGCCGCUGCUUCGAAUCGUCUUCACACUCCACGCAAGUCGCCCACGAUCGACAGCAUCCGCAACUGGUACAAGCAUCCGGCUCAUACUCACAAAAAGCCAGUAGAGGGGCAAUGA